UCCUUAAUUUCUCGACUUUUUUAUUAAAUUAUACAGCAACUUUAUUACGAUGGAUAGUUUUCAAUUAUGUAAGAACGAAGUAAACCAACCACAAUCAUUACAAUCUGGUGAAUAUCAAUCAUCUAAAACAGAAAAAUUUGCAUCAUUACAAACGUCCACUACUAUGUCAAUCGUUUCUUCAGUGUCAGAACAAUUACAAACUUCACAAUAUUCAACUAUCAAUAAGUCUGAGGUUUGUAUUAGCACACCGUCUUCGCGGAAAAGGAUUUCAAGAAACGCAGAAGCACCUAAUGUAAUUUGGAAGCCGCUGCUUCCGCGACCACCAACUCCCGUUGUACCUGCUAAGCGGCGAUUACCAACACCACCACCUGUAAUUUCUUCGGCUCCUGGAACACCACCAAUAGAAGAGGAUUCUAACUCACCGCCAGCAGAUACAGAUACACCUUCAACUGUAAAAUCGGACUUAAUGCCGAUGCUAUUGGAGGCAGCUGCGCAUGCCGCUCUCCGAGAUAAGCGUCAAGAACGUAUGGUUAAAAAUCGAGCUGCAGCUUAUGAAAGCCGUAAAAGAAAGAGAGAAGAAGCUGAGAGAUUGAUGGCUGAAAAUUUGGAAAUGAAAUCUCAUAUCCGCGAGUUGCAACAUAAGAUCGCGGAGCUAACUGUAGAAAAUGAACAAUUAAAACAAUUACUCGCAACAAAAAAUUAGAAAA